AUGAAACACAACAAGUCAAGUACAAGGAAAGAUAGAGUACUUGCAAAUAAGAAAAGAAAUACUAGUACACGUAUUGAAGGCAUAUGCGAUGCAAAAAUCAAGAUUAUACAUAUAAUUGUGACCCAAACUGUUCGAGUUGAAUAUUUCAAGAAUACACCUCACUAUAGUCAUCAAAUCGAAAACAGUAAUUUGAUUAAAACUUCAGAA